AACCAUUUGCUCAUCAUCCAGCUUCAUUCCGGAUUCACGUGCAGAAAAAUAAACUCUUCUAACCUUUUCAUUUCAUCCACGCGGUGUUUUGCUGGAGCCGGAGAGUGUGCAGCAGCGCGCAGUUACGCACAGCCUGACGCAACACGUUCUGAAUAAAAACGGAAGAUCUGCGGGAUAAUUCAGCGCGUCCGGCAGUGGGUUCACGGAAUCCCUCUCCUCUUCCUCCUCCUCUUCCUCACCUCUCGCUCCAGGACUUGUCCUUUGGCUGUGACACUGUUGACGUUUCCAUGGAAACCCUGGCCUCCGCUUGGACCCGUGACCCCCGUGACUUCAGCGACCUCGGGGAGAAGUCGUCUGCUUGGGAGUCUGAGUGUGAUUUUACCAGCUCGCCCCCUGCUGGUCAGAUGUGGACUGAGCAGCUCUCCCCUCACCUCCAGAGAAACAAACAGCUUCAGGACACUCUGCUGCAGAGAGAAGAGCAGCUGGCCAGACUGCAGGACGAGAACAACAAACUCAGAGAGUUCCUCAACUCUUCUUUUGUGAGGAACCUGGAGCAAAAGGCCAAAAAACUAACCGCUGAUGGGAGAAGAAAGCUAAAGAGAAACCUGAUGCAUGUCGAUGAUGGACCUUUCCAGAACCACAGUCAUCAGCUCGUAACAUCGCAGCAGGUCAGCAAGAGAGUCUGCAGGAACCUCACGGCCGAGUUCUGCUCCGAAUCCUCGGAGACUUCUUCUUCCUCCGAACCAAACCUGGACCUCUGGGUUUUACGGACGCUGGGACUGAAGGACCGAGACACCAUCGACACGUCCCACAACUCCUCCUCUUCCUCGUCUGGAUACAGCCUCGGCAGUUUAGUUCAUAAUGCUUCAAUCGCCUCUUCCUCCAAAUACACUCUCAACUCCUCUUUCAGCCCUCCAGUCACCCCUUCUACGCCUUCUUCCGUCCAAAGCUAUUGCCAAAGAUCCACACAGCAAACCGAUUGUAGGUACAGUGCUGAAUCCAACUGUGGUAAUCCUGCCGAGUCCCCUCAGAACUGCACAAAUUCCCUGGUUCAACGCUCAGACUUCACUGCCUCCGCACUGACCGGACAGCAUGAAGCUCCUGAAGCUGUGAUCAGGAGCUACCACACAUUUACUGCCUUCCAAUCUCCACUACUAACAGAAGAACUACCGUUCACCCAGUCGCCAGAUCAAGCGGAGAUCUGCUCCAUCACAGCCUCGAGUCAAGUCCAAACUCUAGAGGAAAUCCCUGCAAAACAUCCGACUUACUGGUCUCCACCAGGAGAGAGAGUCCCUUUCUCCCCAAUCUUGUCUUCAAGUCCUGUCAUUAAACAGCAAUGGACACCUGUACGCGACUGCAGCACGACGAGUCCAUCCGUGGGAGUCUGUAAGCCUCCUGCCACGCCCCAGAUGCCUCGCAGCCGGACAGAUUUGGCAUUCAGUAUGUCCCUCAGCCCGUCCAGCAGCGUCAAGACCCACAGCUUCCCCCAGGGACAAGCUUUUGUCCGAAAGGACACUGGGGGAAGGUGGAACUUCACCUGGGUGCCCAGUCAAGAACCAUAGGCAGCUUAAAAAGUUCCAGAUUUUGUGUAGUUGUAAAGGACUACAUUUAUAUAGCGCUUUUUUUCUAGUCUUAACGACUACUCAAAGUGCUUUACACACCCCAUUCACACAGACAUUUUUACAAUGAUAUGAUACGAUUAACAUUCCCACACCAAUGGCGCAGGAGAUUCAGGGUUCAGUGUCUUACCCAAUGACAACAUGUGGACUUGGACCAACUGGGGCCAGGGAUUGAACCAACAACCCUCCGAUUGGUAGACACAGCCAGUGUCUGAGCCACAGCCACCGUUGCUAAGUGAACAAGCAUCCCAGCUCGAACUUUCAGAACUAUAAGUCCAUGUUGAACUUGUUUGUGGCUUUUCAGACUUUGUUCUCGGCCCUCGAAGUGGUACUGAUUGCACAAGACCAUGCAAGUAGCGAAAGAAAGGCCUGAAAAGACCCCGGGCAACACGUCAAACAGAAAAUUCAUUAAACAGCUCUUGAACUUCUUUCAAAGACCUUGAUAUGAUAAGGUUUAAUGGAAAUACUUGUUCCUCUGAUAACUUGCCUUUUGUUUGUUAAAACAGAUUUCAGAUUUCAAAAAAGCUGUGUUGCAUUUUGUUCAAUGACAUCACUCAAAGUUUAGAAUACAAGAGGAAUGGAAAAAUGCUAAAUAAUCAAUUGGUAAACUGCGGUACCAUGAGACUAACCAACUAGUUCUAGGAUUUACAUCUAGAGCCAAACUGUGGAACAUUUUACAGUUUAACGUAGCUAAUUGACUUACAAUAAGUGUAACAUAAAAAAUUAACAGGACUGCCUAAAAUAAUGUCUUAAAGCUGAAGUUUUUUUUAUUUUGUUUGUCUGUGAAACUGCCACAUAAAAAUAUCAGUAAUGAUUUUUGUGUUAUAUUAUCAUAUAUUGAAUACAAUGAACAGGAAAAAAUGUAAUUGUUGCCACAAAGUGAUAACUGCCGCCGAACAAAAGACUGCCCUGAAUUAAGCGGGUUAUUAUCAAAGUAGUGAAACAGGUACUAAACAGUAACUACAGAUAUUUUCGCCUAAAGUGAGUGCUAAAAAUUGUCAUUUUAAAGCUGCCACUGAUUGGUUGGAGGGUUGGGUAGUGUCCAGUGAAAAUUGAAUGUUGCUGAGUUUGUGAACGACAUGACUGCCAUUGUUGCUAACACUGUUUUUACACAGCUAAUUGGUACAAAUUGGUACAAAAAGUACGAGAUAUAACUGGAAAUUAACAGUUUCAGCCAUCUUAAAACAAAGCACUUUUACGCAAGUUAAGCAUCUACUGAAUUUGUGACUGACUGCAAACGACACCACGGAGCUUUUGUCAUUUUUGUAUUACAAGAUGUGAAACAACUUUGGCUGAAACAAUAUGAACUCAUCACACGUGUAACACCAGUACACAAAUAAUAAAUUCACAUACUGGCAAUAUGUGGUUUUCAGAUAUUUCACAUGUGACAUGUAAGACUUCACAUGUCAUCACUGUCUUGUGAUAAGCAAGGAACGCCAACUUUUUAUGAACAAAGUAAAACAGCUUCAUGAUGAUGCACUCAGAUAAUCCAGUGGUAUAUUAAAGCUUAAUAAGAAUGGGAAAUUUCUCUUAACCCUUCAGUUUAUGCUGUCCAUGGUUUUAACUGGACAUUGACGAUGUAAUGUUCCAAAACUUAAAUUAAAACAUGAACAACAUUAAAAUAAAUGUAAUACAUAACAUGAAUAAAAUUUCACAUGUGGUUUUGGUUUAGUUUUCCCUUUCACUAUAAGCAUGGUAAAUUCAUCUAAAAACCAAAUAUGCCUUCAUUACGUGAGCUAAAACUGACAUGCAAUGACCAAAACAUUACAUGUGCAUACAUUUUAAAUCAUCACGUGAAGUUAUCUAAAAACGACAUGUGCCUAAAUGUGGAUUCUUUCAACCCGUUCUCACUCUGAACUCGUAAAAUACGGAUGUUUGGACAGUGGCUUCAGUGUGUUCAAAUAACGUACCAGGGAGAGCAGCAGCUACACGGGGUUUAGAGAGUAGUAUGUAAGGCCGAAAUUCCGCAAAGGGAGAUUGGUUGGGGUGGCGGAUGGGUCAAACACAGGACUUUCACCCAGGAGACGAGGGUUCGUGUCCUGGCCGGCACGUUUCCUAAAGUUGCUUUCUUCUUUAACCGUCUCGUUCUUCCCGCGUGUCAUGAAAACGUAAGCCCACCCACGACCUUUUCCUCAACAUAACAAAAGAGACGCCAAUAGUCCCGACCAAGCGUGUUUAGUUAAAACGCGUUAUAUGAUGCUAAAGGAGACUUUUAGCGUCAGUAACAAAAACAAAGGCACCUGAACAAGCGUCCGUAUUUUACGAGAUGGGAGUUAGAAUCUGUUGAUUCUUUAGAUGUGGAAAGUUUCAUGUAUUACAUUUGGAAUUAUGUUUUUUACAUGUGCUUUCUACAUUGUGUAAAAUGUGUGAAUUUGUGCCUAUGUAUAUGCGUAUAUAUACCGUAUAUGUGAAAUUGACGCAACUCAAAGGGUGUUGGACAUGUUUAACAUGUGAACUGUGCUUCUAAUUUGUAAAAUUGUUGUUUUCAUGUGUGAUGUCAAAACAUCUGAAGGUUAUAUGUCUUUGACGAUACAAACACGUGAACAUUUCAGGGUUAUUUGUUGAAUUUGGUGCAAUACAUUGCUGCCAUAAAUGCUAGUGUGACUGCCACAGAUAUUUUCUCUUUAAGCAACAAUAGAAGGAAGCAACUGAGACACUGAAAGGAAAAGUAGAAUUCAUACAAAUUUAGUCCAGCGGCUGAUUGUGUCAAACUGUUCUUUAUGUUUUUAAAUCUCUGACAGACUGUUUAUGUGCUGUAAUGUUUUUCUGUGAAUGUGU